AUGGCAGCAAUUCCUUCCUUUCUCAUGAGCUCCUUCCUUUAUCGCUCGGCGCUGAUCGCGGGUGAGGCAGCCGCGACUCGGGCCAUCACGCGUUGUGCUGAUUACAGGCGCGAGGCUCAAAAUAAGAUAAUCCUAAUUCCCACCAACGCUAACCGCACAAAAAAAUCGAUCAAACUCAUGCCUCAACUCCCAAUGCCUAACCGCACAGAAAAAUCGAUCAAACUUCUGUCUCAACUCUCAAUGCAGCAUUCACCCCAGCAACGGACAAAAAUAUCAAUGGAUUGGGGAGGUAGGAGGAAAGAGUCGGUAAUUCAUCUUGGAGAACUCAUUGAUAUUCCGGAUGGGCUCAUUGGCCGCGCAGAUAUUGCGGUAGGCUUUGGCGAACGUGCGGUCCAGGUGCUCCUUGAAACUGGCCGGCUGCUCCCUCAUCGACAGCCACCUCCUCGUUCUUGGGGACCCGCAGCUCAAGCUGCAUCGGCGCCGGAGUCAUCAGGCCGCACCGCGCCGGAUCUCCUUGUUCUGGGUGAGGAGGCGGCAUGUCCUGGGUGA